UGAGUGCGGAGUGCAGGACAGUAUACAGGACAGUUCAGGCGCGCAUCAGCAAGCACCGGCCGAGGGGACACGCUUCCGCAUAGUCCUAAAGUCCUAAACAUCAGCCAUGCACGAAAGCAGCACCCACAUAGACUUAAUAUGAACUGUCGGAGCACUGAUCUUCACUUCAAGACACACACAUUUACACUUUGAGAGGCAAGGAAAAUACCAGACAUGGACACCUUGGUGUGGAUCUUGAUUUGUGGAGCGCUGGGGUUGGUGUUUGGCUCUAAACUGGAGCGUGCCAUGGAGGAAGAGUGUGAAUCGGGCCAGUACACCUACAGUAGGGAGUGCUGUAUGCAGUGUCCACCAGGAGAGGGAGUGGUCAAGGAAUGUGGAACUACCCAAACCGAGUGCAGUCAGUGCUUAGACAGUGAGACGUUCUCUGAGAUCUACAGUCACUCAGAGAGGUGCCAGACGUGCAGUGAAUGCACAGGUCUCAUGCGUAUGCAGACACCCUGUACUGACUCCAAUGAUGCUGUGUGCGUGUGCAACUAUGGCUACUUCAUGGACAUUCUGUCGGGACAGUGCGAGCCCUGCACUGUGUGUCCGCGCGGUCAGGGCGUGCUGAUGCGCUGUGAGUACGACCAUGACACGAUCUGCGAGGAGUGUAUGGACGACACCUUCUCUGAUCAGGAGAGCUCGCUGGACCCCUGCCUGCCCUGCACCGUCUGCGAGGUGCAGACAGAGACUCUGAUCAGGAAUUGCACACCCUUUGUAGACACACUCUGUCAUGAUCCAUUUGCUCCCACCUAUCCCUCCACCACUGCCUCUCUGAGCGAUUCUAAUCCCCCUUUCAGCGAUCUGGAUGGUUUGUGGAGCCCCAGCCCUGGAGGGGAUGCUACCACACCCAAACCUAGCUCCCCUCACUUUAUCAGCAGAGGGCUCAACGAGAACCUGAUCCCCAUCUACUGCUCCAUCCUGGCAGCGGUCGUGGUCGGCCUUCUGGCGUAUAUCAUCUUCAAGAGGUUGAACAGCUACAAGCAGAAUAAACAGGCAGCUAAUAAUCGUGCAGCGACAGCUAAUCAGACACCAUCUCCAGAGGGAGAGAAGCUGCACAGUGACAGUGGCAUCUCAGUGGACAGCCAGAGUCUGCAGGAGCAGCAAGCGCAGUCGCAGACGCAGAUACAGGCGCAGGCCCACACGCAGCUGCACGCGGCAGAGCAGAUUGUGGUGAGAGUGGACGGAGGUGUUCAGCCUGACUCCCCCCCACCUCAGGCCUAAUGAGUGAGGAACAGGAAGUUACAUCAUCAAUAUAAUGAUGAAGGGGGAGUGAAAAGUUGGAGUAAAGGAAAUGAAGGUGACUGGAAGAUCACUUAGGAGAAUGAAGGAGUUAAUCCAUGAUGGGCAUCAGCCAGUGAGGCCAAGACUUUGAAUACUUUUGAACUUGGCAUGAACAAUUCGUUGAUGUGCUGGGUCAUCAGCAGGAAAGGACCAGUCUUCACAGAAUAACAUUAACAAUCAGACUCUCUGGCCUAAAGUAGCUACUUCUAAACAAACAUAAGCCCAUUAGCCCAAAGCGAGUUCACAGCGUAAUGUAUACCAAAACCCAGUUCAAACCUCAACAAAUGAAUGUUUUAUACUGGGUUUCUAAAAUUUAUUGACAUGACCUCGUGACACGAACUUUUUAUCUCUUCACGAUUGGAAGUACAGACGACGGUCACGGGUUUCACGGCUAUAAUGCAAUUUAGCAACCGCACCAUGGUUCCUCUACCUGGGGCCUUCUGCCUGAUUCAAUAAGGAUUUCGUUUUUGCCUUAUCUUUGAAGUAUUAAUAGAUUUUGUCUAACAUAAAGGCCCUUUGUUUAAUCAGAAUUUUACCCGUUUUCAUUCAGCUCUUUCCAGGUGUGUGUUAAAACUUUGGUGUCAGGUUUAUGCAGUUAGCACAUAACUGCCCUUAACCGUCGAAUUUGAAAGCAACUGACCACAGGUCAGCAUUUAUAGGCAACAACUCACGACUGUGACAUUUGCUGACCUUUACUAAUGUAAUGACUCAGAUCUAUACAUAGUUCUCCUUCCCUUUCAUCUCUUUCACACUCUCUGUGACAGCCUUUUCUCUAUAAACUCACACAAAUACACACAUCGUAUCAUAUUCCCUGCCUUCCUUUGCCCAUUGCAGCUAAGGUUUCUUUAGGUGUUCUGUUUUUAAAAAUCUGAUUAAAAAUGGAAAGAGAAACCAGAACUUGUUCUGAUUUAGAUUCCAGUUCCGUUUCAAUGGUCAUAACUGUAUUCUGAACAAAAAUGUUAAACACAAUAGUAUUUUAGUUUCAAAUUUUAAUAGUAUAUUAAAAUAUACAUAUAACAUCAAUUCUGAAUCUAUCUUUAACUACACAUUGUCAAAUGACCAACCAAUCAGUAUUUACACUUAUUUAAGUCUCACAAGCCUUAAGUACACAAACCAAUAGUCAUAAGUGUCAUUAAAAAGAACCAGAACCUGGUUGUGCUUUAUGUUUGUUGUUGCGUGCAAUUACUGAGGACAACGGAAUAGAUGUCUUUGUGUUAUUUUGCGGCGCACAGGUCUCAUUGCAUUAAAUUCACAAUUUAUUUAUUUUGCCGCUGCACUGUUGAUUCAAAAUAUUGAUGUAGGAAACCUGUACUGAGUACUGUGUUUAAGAUGUUUAAAAAGUGGUAAUGGAUAUCUUAUUCAGAACUUUCCAACCUUAGCCACAACACAUAAGAACUAUUGGGCCAGUCCUGGUGUGUGAUCAAUACUGGGAUUUCCCCAUUAUAUUUUAACUCCUUUGUUUUAAAGUUCAAAAAAUCUCUUUCUCUCCUUUCCUCUGUCUUUCUUAAUCUCGCUCUCAUCACCACCACUGGGAUUAUCAGACUCCAUCAACUCGUGCUCUGGUUCUUGAUGAGUCAUCCUUUCUUGGUUUUCUUCCUCUUUGUUACCAACUCUUUCGGUCUCUGUUCUGUUCAGUCUUGGCUAAAUGAUUAAUUCCAUGAAAGCUGGGGGCUGGACAUGUGGUGUACAGUAUGUGAAUCAGAUGCUAUUAUGUGGUUUGAAUUACAUUGCCAUCUUAGUAUUCAUGUACUGGAAGCGGUCAUGUUCAUUGCGAGCUGAAUGUUAUGAGAAUCUGCGGGAUGGAGAAAGCCAUGUCAUGGGACUCUGUCACUAACUAGAACUGGACAAAUUACAGGGCAGACCUGUCAUCAGCUCAAAAGAAGGAGUGUUAGUGAGAUUUGCGUUUGGACAGCACACCAAAUAUGUUUACCUUAAUGCGCUGCAGGACUACAUGUACCUGCGAACUCGUGAAAUAUUUCUUAUUGGCAAUGAAACUGUAUUUCUGUAAUAUGAAAAAUAUUUAGUUUGUUUAUUUAAUGACAAUUGGUUUAUUUAGCUGCUUUUUUCCUUGCUUAUUAAUGACAAACAGCGCAGGUCAUUGUGUCACUGGCAGAAUCAUAUAAAAGCUAGUCUCCUUCUGUCGGAGAAACUAUUCCUGUUACAAUUGGGAUUUUGUGCAGAGUAAAUUCAUUUCAGUGGCUUCAUGAGAGGAAUAUUCCCCAUAGGUGUCGCCACAUGGAGUUUUGGUGGAAAAACCCCAUCAACAAACAAAAACCCUAAAACUUCUGAUGGUAAAUUUUCCAUUGAGGUAAACAAAAGUUGUUAGAGGAUAAGACAUACUUGUAAGUCAUGACAAUGUCUUUUAUUUGAAUUGCCUGCGUCACUUACAUCAGCGAGAGUCAGAAAAUAAUUUUUACAGUAAGACAUAAAUCAUGUAUUAAGUUGCAGCUCCUAAUAAAAAUACAGGCCUCUGGUGAUUUACUUGCCAAAGCCAAUUUUACUCACAUUUGGCACUUGUCAAAUGUUAAUUUUGGACACAAACAUGUCAACUAAAAGCCAGAGAUACUAAAAAUAGUUAAUUACUUCCUGUUUUCCGUCCAUCCACUAGGAUAUUACGCUAGUAAACAGACACUAGGGACCUAAUGCAGAGGGAUCCCACUGGGCGUGAACGCACGCACGCACACACACACACACACACACACACUAUCUCUCUCUCUAAUGUACUGUCUUUAUUUGCAUUCCUAAUGUGCUUACUGCCAGGCUCUGGAAUAAAGAUGCGAGGCAUUAGUGAGACAUUCCUGUCAGGCAGGUCGUAAUGACCCCUGAAGCUUUCAGUUUCUCUUCCCCGUGCUCAGUUCACUCUCCUGGGGCUCUGUUCUGCUCAGCUUCCUUUCCCUGGAGCUCUGCCUCUCCAUUCUGGGACUCACCAUCCAAACUUACUGGGUUCAGCUUCAAUAAUACUGCUAUAUCAGUGGUUCUCAACUUGUUUUGCCUUUUUUCAGGCACCAGAUUUUACUUUGGACAUCCAAGUGGUGGCCCAACACAGCACAAAAUUUCUUAUCAUAAAAAAAGUAAGGCAAAAAUCAAUAUUACAAUGAACAUCAUUUUUAAUAUUCAAAGGGUGAAUAAGAAAACCUUUUUUUUUUCUAAAAUGAUUGAGGAAAGCUAUAUGCAGAUAUACUAAUAAAAUGCGACAGACGAGGAAAUGCUUCCCAUAUCUUUUGUUGUUGACAUCAGUCUGCACGUCCGAUCAAACUUCCAAUUAACAUUUUUGGGUCGUGACACACAAUUUGGGAACCACUGUGCAACAUUAAUGAUACAUCUACAACAAAUCACUUUUUCAUUUGACAGAUCUUUCAUUUAAGAAUAAGCCUAUGCGUUUGCACCAUUAUCCCUGUCUAUGGACCGUUUUGAAGUUCAAGCCACUAAUAUAGUUCCUACUAGAAGACAUGCAUUAACUUCAGGUUUGAUGUAUGGGUUGGUAGAAUAAUUUUGCCUCCUGCUUUUUGGCAGGAAGGUUGUCGGCUUCAUCACCUUUAGUACCGUGCAUCUCCCCUGACACUGUGCUUUCCAUUAAACCAAGCUGUGAAGCAUAUCAAUGGCUUCUGGCGUUGCUCGCAUGCUAGUGUUUAAAGUGCUUUAUGAGUUCAACGUUUCUCGUGGGGCACCUCACUGAUGUUUGCUCUGAGAUUAGACUACUUGAGAGAACCUGAUGAGAUCAAGAUAAGAUCUCUUUCACUUUCUCACUCUCUGUCUGUGGGAAUGCGCUGAGAAAAGAUUGGGUUGUCUCUAUCCCACGCUUGUUUCUUAACAGAGAGCAGAUAAGUUGGCAAACGUCAAAUAGAGAGGGGUUGUAACGACAAUACUAUAGAAAUUACAGUGAUUGAUGCUUCUCACGGGGUGGGGUUCUGAUAUACUAUAUAUAUUCAAAAUGUGGCUAUAUUUUCAUAGAAUGUUCAAUUGAUUGGUUGUUCUGAGAGAUGAAUUGAGAAUGUAAGUAUGAGGGAGAGCCAUUUAUUAUGUAUUUCACAUAUACAGUAACCCCCAUGAUUUGUGCUUGGCAUUUAAGGGGCAUCAAAGAAUCAAUCAGUAAGCAUCAAUUCAAAUAGAGAAAGUAAACAAGUAGAUUGAUUCUUGAUUCAUUUCCUUGGAAUGUGCCAAAGUCUCCAUAAAUAACAGCAGCUCUACACCAAAAUAUCCCGUUUAAUAGUAAUAAAUCUUCCUUUGUCAAACAGAAUAUGUAUAAAAGGAAAGCAAAACUCAUGUUCGCAAUAUAAUCACAUGAUAAAUAAAUUCUCCACCCUUUUCUCUCCAUCUUUCUUCUACUUUCUAAUUCUUUAUUGUAUUUUUUCUAAUUUCAAAUAGAUUUAGUCUUUGACGGCAGUAUGUUAUAAAGAUCACUUACUUUCGUAGCACUUAAAAUUUAUUGAAUUUUAACACUCAAAGUGUGUUAAUCACCAGAAAGUGCCUGUGGAAUAUAUCAGGUGUCUUUGAGUUAUGUUCAAAAAGUUUAAUGUAUUGUGUGCGUGUGUCUAUUUGUCUAUUUGUGUGUUCUGUUUUAAUUGUAUGUGAUAGUUUUUUGCUUCAUUUUUAUCUUGUUAUUCUAUCGUUGUGAGAAAAUGUUGAUGAAGGUUACAAGACAUCAUUAUUCAGUUAAAAUACAUCCAGGUGAAUAUUAUCAAACAGUCUGUGUUUCUGAGAACAGCCUAAAAUUGAAAUAGACACAUACUGUAUGUGUUACAUCAGUCCCAUUAUGUGAAUAUAUGACCCCAAAAACACAAAAUAUAUCAUGUAAUGUCACUUUUAAUGCACAUCAGAUCAUUCUAUGCAUUCUACUAACAGCGCAAUCUAAUUCACAAUACUCUAAACACAAAACUAAAAAGUGGCAAUAUUUGAUAGCUUUGUGUUUUACACAUAUGUUGAUAUGGAUAAAAAGGACUGUAUGUUACAAAUUAGUUAUAAUAGCAACUGUAUCACAUUUAAGAGAUGUCAGGAAGAACUGUCACAUCGAUGCUUUUGAAAAAUCAACUCCCCAUGUUCAGCCAAUCCCUUCCAUAGAGUUUAAUGUUCUCUGUAUGCAAUCCAUGCUAUACAAUGCAUUGUGUAAAUUGUUUCCUGGAGUUAUUACAGUACACUUAAUGUAAACAAGAAUUUAAAUCAUUUAGAAUUAUAUUAAAUAAAAACCACAUAU